AUGUCCAAGCUCUUUAUUGGCGGCCUCGCAUGGCACACUGAGGAAGGCACCCUUAGACAGAAGUUCGAGGAAUUCGGUGCCGUCGAGGAAGCUGUUGUUGUAAAGGACCGCGACACUGGCCGCAGCCGUGGAUUCGGCUUCGUCCGUUACACCCAGGAUGGAGAUGCCCAGAAGGCCAUUUCCGCCAUGAACAAUGUCGAGUUUGAUGGGCGCACCAUCCGUGUUGACAAGGCUUCCGACAACGGUCCCCGUGGCGGCGGCGGCUUCCGUGGCGGCUUCGGUGGUGGACGUGGCGGCUACGGCGGCGCUCCCCCUGUGCCCUAUGGCGCCGCGCCCGGCGGAUACCCGGUUGGCGUCCCCAACAUGUACCAGCAGCAACAGCCGGCCUACGGCCGCGGUUACCCCCCUCAGCAGCCAUACGGUGCCCCUCCUCAGGAUGGUGGUUACGCCCCUCAAGCCCCUUACGGAUACCAGGACCCGUCUCAGCAGCCCCAGGGUGGUCGAGGCUAUUAG